UCAUCCCUAGUUCUUUUUUGCGUGGUCCGCCGUCCGACACGUUGUUCGACGUAUAGCUGCUGCUGUAAAUUUUUGCGAUUUAAUCGACAAAUAAACUAUCAAAAUGGCUGAUGAAACUCUGAAGAAGAAGCGUACCUUCAAGAAGUUCACCUACCGCGGUGUCGACUUGGAUCAGCUUUUGGAUAUGCCCAACAACCAAUUGGUUGAGCUGAUGCACAGCCGUGCCCGCAGGCGUUUCUCCCGUGGUCUGAAGCGCAAGCCAAUGGCUCUGAUCAAGAAGCUGCGCAAGGCCAAGAAGGAGGCUCUGCCCAAUGAGAAACCAGAGAUUGUCAAGACUCAUCUGCGUAACAUGAUCAUUGUUCCAGAGAUGACUGGCUCCAUCAUUGGUGUGUACAACGGCAAGGAUUUCGGACAGGUGGAAGUUAAACCCGAGAUGAUUGGUCAUUAUUUGGGAGAAUUCUCCUUGACCUACAAGCCAGUUAAGCACGGUCGUCCCGGUAUUGGUGCCACCCACAGCUCUCGUUUUAUUCCACUCAAGUAGACGAAUCCACAGCAAGAGCCGCCAGAACAGAUGUUGUGUUAUCUUUUUUGGCCUGGUUUUUUCUAUUUCUGAAUAAAUGAAGUUUAACAUUUUUUAAGAGGAAGAAAAGUGCGCCGUGUUUACGAAA